AAUUAGUGUGUUAUUGAGAGAUGGGGUUUAAAUGUGUGAGGAUGUGGUUGAUGUUGAUUUUGAUAUUUAUUUCUUUACAAGGAUGGAGGAUUGAAGGGUGUUUGAAGCAAGAGAGAUCUGCUCUCUUGCAACUUAAACAUUUCUUCAAUGAUCCUUACAAACUUCAAAAUUGGUUUGAGGGAAAUGGAAAUUCAAACUGUUGUGUCUGGGAAAGUGUUAUUUGCAAUAGCAUAACGGGUAGAGUGAUCUCUCUUGAUCUUGACUAUACAAGAAGUCAAGAAUUAGGAGAGUGGUAUCUAAAUGUUUCUUUGUUUUCUCCCUUCCGAGAACUGGAGACACUUGACUUAAGAGGAAAUCUCAUAGCCGGUUGCGUUGAGAAUGAAGGUUUUGAAAGAUUAUCACACUUGACUAAUCUCGUGGAUCUCGAACUUGGCUACAAUAUGUUCAAUGACAGCCACGUUUUAUCAGCUUUGAGCCAACAUUCAUCUCUCAAGAAUUUAAGUCUAUAUUAUAAUCAGUUUAGAGAACUGAACCAUUUUAAUGCUUCAAGGUUGAGCAACUUGGAGCUUCUAAGCUUAAGCGGUAACAUGUUCAACAAUAGCAUAUUAUCAUAUGUGUCUACUCUCUCAUCAUUAAAGGUACUAUAUCUGGGUGACAUCGGAUUAAAAGGCAUUGUUGAUCUUCAAGAAUUGGAUUCCUUGAGCAACUUAGAGGAGUUGUACAUAGGCGGAAAUGAGAUUAAAAAAAUUGUAUUCUCCAAAGGUGAAACAAAUUUGAGGAAGUUGACUUCGCUUAGACUAUACGGUAUUAGUGGUGGAAGCAGUCUCUUACAAACAUUGGGCUUAUUCCCAUCCCUAGAGUCUCUUAUAUUCAAUUAUAACAACUUUAGUGGAGCAGUUACUACUGACGAGUUACCUUCGUUCAAGAAUCUGACAAUUUAACUAUUUCCGACACUGUUUUUAACAACAAAUUUCUUCAAAUGAUCGAGGGUAUACUUCUCUUCAAUCUAUUGAAAUUUCA